AUGGCAACGGCCGUGCCACCGCCGUCUCGAACGACAGUUCUGUCCCUUUUCCGGUCAUUUCUGCGAUCAGCCCGUCAGUUCCCUGACUACAACAUCAGGGAGUACACCAAGCGCCGUACCAUCGACGCUUUUCACAGCAACAAAACUCUGUCUAACCCUUCCUCGGUCGCCGCUGCUUUCGCCGACGGAAAUUAUCAGCUACAGGUUGCCAAGAGACAAGCUCUUGUGUACUCAUUCUACUCUCCCAAACUCAAAAGCAUCAUGGACAUCAAGCAUUGA